AUGGUGCAGCAAGCUGCCAAGGAAGUGAUCCCGCUGAUGACGCCGUGGAAGAUGGGCCAGUUCCAGCUCUCACACCGGGUGCGCGUCACCAAGGGCGGUCUGCUCAUUGCUGAGGCCACGGUUGUCUCGCCCACCGCGCAGGGGUACACGCAGGAGCAUGUCGAGGCGUGGAAGCCCAUCGUCGACGCCGUCCACCGUAAGGGUGGCAUCUUCUUCAGUCAGAUUUGGCAUGUCCGCAGGGUCUCCACCAAUGAGUUUCAGCCCGACGGGCAGGCGCCUAUCUCGAGCAUGGACAGGCAGAUUUCCCCGGACGCUGAGUCCGGAAUGGUGUAUUCGAAGCCGCGCCGGUUGCGGACAGAGGAGAUCGCCGGGAUCGUCGAUCAUUUCAGGCGAGCCGAACGGAACGCAAUUGAAACCGGCUUCGAUGGUGUCGAGAUCCAUGGUGCGCAUGGAUACCUCCUUGACCAGUUCAUGAAGGACAGCUCUAAUGACUGCACGGACGAGUAUGGCGGCAGUCUGGAGAACCGGUGCUGCUUCGCCGUGGAGGUCAUCGACGCCGUUGUCCGCGAGUUCGGGUGGGCACCGGAGUGA